UGGAGGAAACGCAACACAAAUGCAAUGGCGUUUUAAUAUUAAUAGGUUUUUGAAAAUUACAGCCAAGCCAAAAAAGAAAGAAAUGGAAUUGGAAUUGGAAUUGGAAAUGGAAACGGGAAUGGUGAUGACGCAGGUUUUUUGGGAUUAUAAACACCCUCCUCUCUCAGCCUCAGCCUCAGACUGUGUCUACAAGUACAACCCCAAUCCUCUCAUCCUCCUCCUCUGCUACCAAACCAAACCAAACCUUGUUCGCUCUCUCUCAUCCAACACCCGCUUCUCUUGGCUAUUACAAUUUGGAUGAUCCGACUCCUUCUUCUGCCAUAUCUCUUUCGAUUCUGAAUGGAAUGAUUUCUCUCCCGGAUUGUUUGAUCGGUUGCUUCGCUACGAAAUCAUGAAUUAUAUGUGUUUCAUGGCCUGCUGGUAUGGAGGUCUCCGGAUCCGUGCCACUCGCCAUCUUCACAUUACUACCAUGUGCUUCAACAUCUCUUUGGAGAGACUGGUGACUCAUAUGUUUGAAUUGGUAGGUACAUAGUACUAGGUUCUAUGCAGCUCUUACAUUCUUAAAUUAAGUAUAAGUUUAGGGAGCCUAUUAGUUAUAUUGUUAUUAGAGUAAUCGUUCAUUGGACUGGAUCGAAACUAAUCUGAUCCGAUUCGUUUCCCUUCCCCCGCCUCCAUAAAGAGUUAGUCAUUAGUCCCUUUUAGAGUUAGCCAUGGGAUUGCCUCAACUUCCCACAAGUGGAACCUCUGAGGAGGUACAAUCAGGAUCUUUCGGCUCAUUUUUACAAAGCCCGCCUCGAUCUUCUGGGAUGAGCGCAUGUGAUUUGGAUGGAAUGCAUGUUGAGAGUGCAAGCAGAAUGGGCGGAAAUUCAUUAUGCUCCUCUUUAGGAGAAUACAAAGCAAGAAGCCCGGUACAACUGUCAGAGUUCCCUGAUGAUGAUUCAUUUCGGUUUAGAGGGAAUGGUUCUCUCAGUAAAGCUGGUCAUAACACUCCCAGAAAUGGACGAUAUAUUCAGACCCCUGCUUCUAGGACUGUGGGUUUUGAAGCAAGCAGAACAAGUCUAAAUGAUGGUUCCAACAGUGUUUCAUCUGAUCACGUUCACUCUUCAUCUGCAGUUAUUGCCACCGCCAAUGAAAUUGCCAGCAGUGGGUCAUUAGUGAAGAAGAGAAUGUACUCCCCAUUCAAGUCCCUAUCAACAGACCAAUUUAAUGGUGAGCAUUUGGACCUUGCUUGCAGAACUGAUCGAACAAAUACUCCUGCUGUCAGUGAUAGUAACAGUACAUCACAUGAUCAUAAGAAACCAAAUGUUGGAAGUGAAAACUAUUUUACCAUGCCAGCUCGAUCUGAGCAGAAGAGCUUACCCUGUGAUAAUGGUAGUAUGGAUUCCAUUUUCACUGACAGCCCUUUAGUGGACAUAAAUCACCCCCCACCUAAUCUUUUGUAUUUACCAUCUCCUAGAUGUGAAUUGAGAGAGUUAAAAGUCCAAAGUGGGCCAAUAUCAAUAUCUCCGAAAGAAGUGAUUUUACCUCAGCUUUCUUUGUCACCUCUUGGCCGCAAGGUGUCUGAAAGAGGGAAAUCUGCAGGGAGGUGCAGCAACAGUACUAAUGAAGAGUUGGAGGAUCGUCAUUUGACGUUGAGGAAUGUAAAAGAAGCAAGCAAAAAGUCUAAAUUAGGGAGUCUGUUUUCCCCUGAAGAAGAUGAGUUUCAGAUAACAAGUAAAUCAUUUGAAGAGGAAGAGUUUGAUAUAUUCCACAAAGAAUUUUGUCCAUCUUCUGUGGAAACUGGUACUCCUUUAAGUUAUUCCUUACCCCAAGGGUCAUCUCCCACCUCCCAAUGCAUGAGAUUCGUUAGAAAUCUAAGUGGGCUUUCAGUUAGAAGAUCCUUGGUUGGUUCGUUUGAAGAAUCUCUACUGUCUGGUCGGUUCUUAUCAGGGAAACUCAGUCAGAGAAUUGAUGGUUUUCUGGGUGUACUAAGCGUUACUGGGGGAAACUUCUCACCGCGAUCACAGAAGCUUCCUUUUUCAGUAACUAGUGUAGAAGGAGAUUGCUACUUAUUGUAUUAUGCAUCCAUAUAUCUUGCGGGAAAUUCGGCUUUGAAUAGGAGUGGAGGACAAAAGCUGAAACGGGGACUUAGUAAUGAUGAUUCACAGAUUGUCAAGAGCCGCCUGCGCAUUCCUGUCAAGGGUCGUAUACAACUGGUUCUAAGUAAUCCUGAAAAGACACCGAUUCAUACUUUCCUUUGCAACUAUGAUUUAAGUGACAUGCCGGCUGGUACCAAAACAUUCUUGCGCCAGAAAGUGACCUUAGCAUCUACCCCUACAUCUACUCAGCUGAGACACGAGGAGACCGAUAUCGAUGCAAAAGUCAUUGACACAGGGGAAGUACAGAAUGCAGCUGGGUUAGACAAUACAACAGGAUCACUAGAUCAGAGAACUGAAAUUAGAACUGAAGGCUCUAACUUGGUGGAUUCAAUAUUUAAGGGUGAUAUGUCCAAGCUAUCCCCUAAAUCAGGAAGGGUAGGAUUUCCUUCCUUCAUGGGGAUUGAGAAGAAGUUUGAUGGCAAGGAGUUCCCACGCAAUGAUAAUAAGGACCAUAACUGGGUUGAUGCAUGCCAUGAAACUGACAGGAAACAAGUGCUUGGUUGUUCAAGGGUUAAUCAAAACAAGAAUAGUGCUCUUCGUUAUGCUCUGCAUCUCCGUUUCGUUUGCCCUCUUCCUAAAAAAGGUUCUAGGUCACUUCAGAGAUGCAAAUCAGAUACCCUGUCUGCAUCACAGAGAACAAGCUUAGACAUGGAAGGGGAGCGGAGAUUCUACCUCUACAAUGACUUGAGGGUUGUAUUCCCUCAGCGCCAGACAGAUGCUGAUGAGGGCAAGUUAAAAGUGGAAUACCAUUUCCCAGAAGAUCCAAAAUACUUCGACAUCGAGUGAAACGUCUAAUUGACCUGACAAUAUCUCUUUGUUAUUUGUAUCCUUUGAUCUGCUUCUCUGGGUGUACAUAGUUCACAUAUGGUUUAGUUUGCCAUUGUUUAAUUUCAAAUGGCUCUAAUCCUAGUUCCACCUUGUAUAGAAUAAUAGUAAUAAUUAAAGUGGGUUAAAUUUGAA